AUGAAUAGACACAGAGGUACUUCAAGUCGUUGCAGAAAGAUAUUAAAAUUGGUGAACUAUGGGAUACACGGCUCAGCUGAUAUUGUAUCGAGUAAACAUUUUUUGAUCCAUGUUAAGUACUUUUUUUCAGACAAUAUUAUUAAUGAAGAUGACAGUAGUAUUGAACUUGAAGAACAAAACGAAAUUAAAGAAAAUUUCACAUAUCUUUCGCGAAGUUCUUUCCCCAUUGAUGGCAUAUCAGACCUCAAAGAAGUCAACUCAGAACCUGAUGAUUUUAUUACAUCGGCUCCAUUAAUAGUAGUAAAUGUAUCUCCAAAUGAUAAUAAUACCUCACCACCAAAUUUACCAACAAAUGAUAUUUUAGAUAUUUCUCAUAAUGUUAUUGAAUCAUUACUACCUGAAAUGGAAUAUCCUACUCCAUUGUAA